AUGGCAAAAUCCUCACGACGCUCCGGUCGUGGCAAAGCACCAUCAUCCGGCACCUCAUCACCAAGCUCCGCAUCCCUAGGCCCGAUCCCACCAUUCACGAAAGUCCCAGAAGCCCUACAACCCUUCGUCGAACCCCUCUCCCCCUCCGAAGUCUACCUCAUCCACAUCGACACAACAGCCGAAGAGCUAAAGCGGCAAACCUUCACCGUCCCCCUCAUCGUGAACGUGAUAAUCGGCGCCGUGAUCGCCUUGCGCGUGUACCAAGGAAUCAGCACAUACCCAGCGCUAUUAGCGACGCUAAUCGGGCUGCAAAGCUCGAUGACGGUCGACACGGCCGCAACCCCGUGGACAGAAGCGGCACAAAUCAUCAUCCGGCGCACGGGAACGGUCUUCAUCGACUACUUCCUCGUGACUAUUUUCCUGUCGUGGCCGAUCAACUUCAUCAAGGGGCCCGUGCGCUGGCGUCGUGCGAUCGGGUUCUGCGAGCGGGAGGUCAUCGUGCGGUGCAGCCGGUCUGCGUGGAGUAAGAAGCUCGAGCGCAAUAAGUGGAUUCGCGAGGACGAGGAGCAUCGUGAUAAGAUCGUUGCUGCUGUGACGCCUGAGCGGGUCGGGAAGACGGGGUACUUGUUGGUUGAUGGGGACUGGAAUUUGGAUUAUGCGGCUAUGGUUCGUGCGCAUGCUCUGGUGGAUCGGACGCGCAGGGGUGAUGGGGUUCAGCUGGAUGAAUUCCGGCUUGCUGUGCUGGUUCACACUGAUGCGGACGGUUGGUUGAUUUGGCGUGUUGGGGAUGAGAAUACCACGGCUGGGGAGAAACGGUCUGUUCAACGGGACCAGAUCCUUGCCUUUAGGGAGAAGUUGACUGAGAUGGGGAAGGAAGAUCUCUUCCUGCGUUGGGUCGAGCUUAUCCAGUGGGAGAGUUCACAGCCCGGUGGCUUCACUCCAGAGCGCCAGCGGUCUGCGAUGGUACAAGCGAAGCAAAUGUUCGAAGAAGAGAAUGUGGACUUUAGUCGUUUCUGGGACGAUAUGGGCGGCAUGGAAGGCGUGGACGGGUUAGACUAG